CGACGAAUGGGCCGCAUCGUCGGAACGUGGGCGAGCGAUCGCGACGUGCGCGGUGACGACACGUGCGUGAUGACGUCACUCCACCGGGGCGGUGAUCCUUAUAUAAGGAGGGGCGCGGAGGGGAGGCGCGGGAGGCCGCACACAAACCACGGAGAGAGGCGAACAUGGCGACGGGCCCCAGCAGCAGGCCGCAGCGCCCGCACCUCAAGGAGCGCAUCUUCGGGCUCAUGAUGGACGCGUUCCACGACGCCGUGGGGCCGCCCAAGCAGGCGGUGGACAAGCGGCUGGUGGAGAAGACGUGGAAGCUGAUGGACAAGGUGGUGCGCUACUGCCAGAACCCCAAGGUGCAGCUGAAGAACAGCCCACCGUACAUGCUGGACAUCUUGCCGGACACGUACCAGCACCUGCGACUUGUGCUCGCACGGCACGACGACCGCAUGGCCGCGCUGGGCGACAACGAGUUCUUCAGGGUGUUCAUCGACAACCUGCUGAGCAAGAGCAAGCAGGCCGUGAACCUCUUCAAGGAGGGCAAGGAGCGCAUGCACGACGAGCACUCGCACUGCAGGCGAAACCUCACCAAGCUAUCGCUCAUCUUCAGCCACAUGCUGACUGAGCUCAAGGCCGUCUUUCCCAACGGCAGCUACCAGGGAGACUCGUUCCGCAUCACUAAGGCGGAUGCAGCCGACUUCUGGCGGAGGGCCUUUGGAGACAGGACCAUCGUGUCGUGGAAGGCAUUCCGGCAGUGCCUGCACGAGGUGCACCCCAUCAGCUCGGGCCUCGAGGCCAUGGCCCUAAAAUCCACCAUCGACCUCACAUGCAACGACUACAUCUCCAUAUUCGAGUUCGACAUCUUCACUCGUCUUUUCCAGCCCUGGUCCUCGCUGUUGCGCAACUGGAACGUAUUGGCCGUCACGCACCCUGGCUACAUGGCCUUCCUCACAUACGACGAAGUCAAAGCACGGCUGCAGAAGUACAUCAGCAAGCCCGGCAGUUACAUAUUCCGGUUGAGCUGUACACGGCUUGGCCAGUGGGCAAUCGGCUACGUGACAGCUGAUGGAAACAUUCUCCAAACAAUUCCACACAAUAAACCGCUUUUCCAAGCCCUCAUUGACGGUUACCGCGAAGGCUUUUACUUGUUUCCGGAUGGCCGUAACCAAAACCCAGACCUGAGCGGCUUGUGCGAGCCUCUACCGCAAGACCAUAUCAAAGUCACCCAGGAGCAGUACGAGUUGUACUGUGAGAUGGGCUCCACAUUUCAGCUCUGCAAAAUCUGUGCAGAGAACGACAAGGAUGUGAAGAUAGAGCCGUGUGGCCACCUCAUGUGCACGUCCUGCCUCACCGCGUGGCAGGAGUCGGAUGGGCAGGGCUGCCCUUUCUGCCGGUGUGAGAUCAAGGGCACAGAGCCCAUUGUGGUUGACCCCUUUGACCCGCGGGAGUUCGGCCGCCGCUUGGCCGUUGAUCAGUUCGACUUCCGAGAUGAGUGCCGGCGGUCAGACAUGGACAUCCUCUCCCCGACCUUUGAACUGGAGGAUGACGACGAGAGGCUGGAGGAACCGCCAGUCUUCAUCAAUCGCUUGGCCUCCGUCAAGAAGGUGGAGCACCCCGACUCGCCCGUGUCAUCUCCGCCCUCAUCGCCCAAGAUGGGGCAGCGCAGGAAGCUGCCCCCGGACCCAAUGAUGGGGUUGCACCAUGCGGCGGCCCCCCUCCCCCCAGUGCCGCCCCGCCUCGACCUGGUCCAGAAGAUGGUGUCGCCCUCGUCGCCAAACCUCAGCCCCAACUCCUCUCCGAAGAUGAGCAGGAAACACGAGAAGCCACUGCCUCCUCCCCCUCACCUGCGCGAGAUGGGAUCUCACCGGGACCUGCCGCCACCGCCCCCAGAGAGACCGCACGGCUCGUCGUCGCGCAAGCCGCUGCCCGUCACCCCCGAGAGCCCCCCGCCGCGAGACUACCCCAUGCUGCCCAUCAACCUGCCCCGCCAAGCCGACCACUUCAUGAUGCCGCCCACCCGCCCGCUGCCCGUGCCGGGCACCGCAAUCGAUUCGGGAGCGCCGGCCGACGGUUGGAUGGGCCGCGACCUCUCCAGGAUGCUUCCCUUGCAGUUCGGGGCGGACUCCGGCCGCGACUUCUCCAGAGCCGCGUCCGGCCCAAGCGCUUCCGAAUCGAACCACAGGCACCUGGCCCUCGCGGCCAGCCCGAUGGACGCGGCCGGUCAGAACGCCGCGACCGUGAGCCAUGUCGACAGUCACGCCGGUUGGGACUUCCAGAGGCACGCGUUGUCGUCCGAAGGUGGUGGCGGAGUGACCAUGAUGCAGGGCGAUUCACGACAGACGCGGCCGGUGCCGGUCCCCGGCCUGUCGGAGCACGCCGCCGCCAUGAACAACCAGCACGUGCUGGCGAGCGGCGAGGCGAGGCAUGGCCUGGAGCUGCUGCGGCUGCCCACCGCUCACCAGCAUGGCUCUGACAGAUCGGGGUCCCGCAAACCUACUGAGAAAGCGAAGAAUGGAACGCCUAAUGGAAUGACCGAUGGAGACUCGCGACACAAUUCCUGGAGACCUCCCUCAUCUCCUAACCACAUUACGUCCGCUAAGAAACCUUUUCCACUGGAGAGACUGGACAGCUCUGACGACGAGGACGAUGGGCAGAUGCACGCUCACACAGAGAUGUCCGCUUCUGGAUACAUGACCAACAACGCUCCAGCCAGUCCACAACAGCAUAACAACAACAGCCUGGACACAGACUUGGAAAAUCAGACGUACGAUACUGCAUACAACAUACAAGCAGAGCUAAUGGCCUUAAACAUGCAACCGGAGCUCAACAUUGAAGAAGAUGAGUACGAUUUCCCAACCCAUUCUGUGCCAAUCAAGGCUCCCGUGGAUUCCCCUCAGCUGGAGCUCGACUCCCGGCUCUCCACAAACCAGGGAUCGGACGACGAGUACGAUGUGCUGCCGCACCCGGUGCCCGUUGUGCCGAUGCGCCGCAACGCCCACGAGGCUUCGCGUGGUCACCGCACCCUGGAGAAGGCGUCUUCGGAUGCCGGCACCAGAGGCCACAGAAAUGUUGAGCGAUGUCACUCGGACUACGAUAUGGUUUCUGGAAGAGAAGCAUCAGAUUUGGCCCAGGCUCCAGCCCGCCCACCCAAGCCUCUUCCGCGGAGGGCCAGCGCGGAGCGCAGCAUGUCCCAGAUCCUGUACGAGUCCCCAACGCAAGACGCUCGGCCCACCAGUCAGCACGGCUGGCUCGACUCGUCGCAGCAGCAAGAGUCGGCGGAGGAAGAACGUGAAACUUUAAUAUCCCUUUUGAUGAGGGAGGGGUACUCCUUUGAAGAUGUGCACCGUGCCCUUGUGAUUGCCCAGAACAAUUUGCAGCUCGCGCGCAGCAUCCUGCGGGAGUUUGUGGCUGCCCCUGUCCGGCUGUAGUCCCCCUAUAAGCGAUGCUAAGUGAGCAGAAAGGUGCAUCGCAAAGUGGCAUGCAAUUUGCCGAAGGAACGGCUACUAUUGCCUUGGCUGUAAUGGCACGACUUGGCCCAUUUGCAGUGCUUUGACGGUCACGUGACUUUUCCCCCUUCACCCCGCGGCCGACGGGAGGAAGAGCCGGCUCGUGGCUGCGCUGUGUGUCAUCGGAGCGGUGUCGAGUGAGAGCGGCGUUUAGUUUUGGCAUAGAGGGACCAAAUAAAAAGGUCCUGCCCCGAGCACCGAGACGGCAAGGAGAUGCGCCAGCUGUGCCACUGUGAGCCUCGCCUGCGUUGUAAGAUUGAGCUCAAACUCCCCGAGGUGGUAGUUACAUACCACCGGGCACAUGGGAGGAGACAGUAGCAUUGGGGGGGUCAGGGGGCCCAUGCCGAUCAAUCGAGCAUCGUCCGUGGUGGGUGGGGCGGUUCAUGUAGGCUCUUGAGUGGGCACAGCGCAAGGUUCGCCACCCCCCCCCUGCACAUUUAUCCGUAGCGGUUGUGAAGGCAUAGAGCAGUGGCCCCUUCCCUGCCUUCAUGCACCCAUAUCCUUGUGUAUCAACAAAUAUGCAAAAGGGGGCCCAUCUGCAAAAAAAAUCGACUUGCUGCUCAGUAUUUCAAUUUCAAAGAUAUCCAUAAUUCAGUAAAGCUUCGUCUAAUCAAAUGAAAUGCUUUGGAUUAAAUUCAACUGCAAAGUAUUUGCCAGGUAUGCUUUCUUAAACUUCGUUGACAGCAUAAUGUCAUGCAACUUUGUUACUUAAAUUGACCUUCGGUGGGACCGAGAGCCACAUCUUGACUUUUGCAAUGGGUCAUGCAAGCAAGCGGCGCGUUGAUCACACGCGCUUCUCCAUGUGACGCGACUUCCUCCGGGUCCUGCAUUGCGUUUUAUUUAUAAGACAAGACCCGUUUUUGUCUGAACCAAGGUUUCCUCGCAACGGUUUCUUGCAACUGCGGUGCCUCCCCUUGAGUGCCUUUGUAGGCUCCCCACUGCCGAGUCUGACGCCUCCUCCCUCGUGCGCGAUCGCUUUUUCCGUCUUGAGUACAGAGUCGCUUCCGUCGUCUUUUUAUUGCUACCCGCAAACGGCGGCAGACUCCCCCCUGCCCCCCACAAAUGUUCCAUUUUGAAAUACCGGCCCAUUCCUGGGGUUGGACAACGGCCUGGGGGGGGGGGGGUGGGGGAUGCAGUUUCUUAAAUCCCCAACUCGCCUGCCACCAGCCACCCAACAGUAUAAUAGAUUUGCGCAGCACCGUAAGUCUGUCAGCAGGGCGUGUGCCCGUGGGGUAAAGUAUGGGUGCUCUCCCAAAUACCCUCGAGAGGGGAGCUCCCUCUAAUGGAGGCCUUUCUGCCACCAGCAGUGGCGUGAGUGGGACGCUGCAAGGCUGCACCACCCAAGCUUUUGUAAAGCUUUUUUUUUUAUACCCAAAAUGUUUAUUUGGAGAACUUUUGCAUUCAAAGUUAUUGGUUGUAUGUACGAGGCUUCGCGGACCGCCAGGUUCUGGGCAGCUUGCACUAACGGAGACUGCAUCUGCAAAAUUGCUCCGUCUGCUAAGCCUUAUCACCAGGGUCUCACCGCUGGCCACAGCACCCCAGCACUUUGAUUUCCACAAAGAUAUGGGUGGGGUGGGGGGCUGGGGGGGGCCCUUGGUACAACCAUGUCCUUGUAACUUUGUGGGGAGAGUAAGAGUUAAUUCAUGCAACCUUUUGUAACUAACCUAAUGUGAAUUUAGAUUUGCCUGCUAUACAUUUUCACGUGAUAAGCCACUUCGUUGAGCUAUCAUUUGUGGCCAGGUCGCUUCUGAAAAACAGCUACAUAGCUCAGUGGGCCUUGCCUGGUAAAAUAACAAUAAAAAAAUUGUUUAUAAUACAAGCAGGUUUACUUUAAAAAUAACAAAACACCCCGAAAUUCAAAACCAGAGUGUUGGCAACCUACUGGUAGCAGUGCGAUUCUGUUGUUUAGCCACCAUCCCCUCCUUGAGAGCAGAGAACGCGUUGGAAGCGAGGCGUGGGUGGGCAUCAACAGCUGUGGCCACGAUGGUGUCUCGAUUGUUGAGAACGAUGAACCAGCUCCUCUCGAGUUCUUUUGGGGCUGUUAACCUCAGGCUGACACACGGAAUGCCAAUCAGUGCAACGUGGGUUUUAGGAGUACCCGCGUGUUUGUACCGGGACUAGUCACUUUAUUGCACAAUAACUGUUUAGUGGUGUCCGCUUUGUGUUGAGGUGCAUGAUGUGGAGACUACCAGCUGGUUCCUGCAGGCGGUUUUCUUGGGUGGAUAGAGCGGAGCCGGCGUGCGAGCAAGCGGAGCCGGCGUGCGAGCAAGCGGAGCCUGCUGCUGUCGGGGCUCGCGUACGCGGGGGCUGUGUGGGCGACGGGGACAGGUGGCACGGUGACGGCAGGAGGGGGAUUAUCUCUGAAAGGAGUUCUGCUCUGAAUCGUGUUUCUAUGGCACAAUGUAGACGAUGGUAGAAAGUACACGAAAGUCAGUUUUAAAAAAAUACCCUUUGAAAACCAAAUCAGGUUUUUAUGACGUAAAAUAUUUGCAUUAACUGGUCUUUUUAAAAGGUUUUUAGCUUUCCACGCAUUCAAGUGCAUUAAACAGUGGCAGGACUUUUGUCCGCUGGGCUGCAAACUGGCAGGAUAAUGAAAUCGGUGAUUUAAAUUGUUCAUUCUCGCUUGCACGAGUUUACUUAUUCCUUAUGCCCUAACUUUUUCCUUCCUCUUGGUUAACCGUGCUUUAGUCUGCAUCACCACUCCUUAAUGUGAAUAUAUAAGGGAACAAAUCUUAUUUCCUAUCUCAACCGAUGUCAGAGAUGACUGGUGUAAUCUUAAUCACGUUCGCAGGGAAGUGUUAAUUUCCGACAACACUCGUGCUCUCGUCGGCUUUUAAGUGUUUUUUUCACGACUGCUAUACAUCGAUGUUUGGUCUGGCGUCACCUUCCGAUGAUGUUAAUGCCUUUUUUAUAUUGCAAAAAAAAACCCAGUUAAAAAAACACAG